AUGCCCUGGAGAGCGGGGAAUGGGGUGGGGUUAGAGGCCAAGGCGGGCACCCAGGAGGCAGGCCCAGAAGAGUACUGCCAGGAAGAGUUGGGCACCGAGGAGGAGAUGGCAGCCAGAGCAGCAUGGCCUGUGCUGCGCUCUGUGAACUCGCGCGAGCUCUCCCGGAUCAUCAUCUGCAAUCACAGCCCACGAAUCGUGCUGCCUGUGUGGCUCAACUACUAUGGCGAGCUGCUGCCCUACCUGACGCUGCUGCCUGGCAGGGACUUCCGCAUCCACAACUUCUAAAGCCACGCUUGGCUCUUCAGAGAUGCAAGGACACACGAUAAGCUUCUGGUUAACCAAACUGAAUUAUUUGUGCCAUCUUCCAAUGUUAACGGACAGCCUAUUUUUGCCAACAUCACACUGCAGUGUAUACCCUGA